UGAGGUAGAUGACUUAUUAAAACUUAUGCUGAUCGGGCGUGGUUUUAUGCCGGCUGAAUACAUAUAUACAGCUGGCACUGGGUAAGAGGUAGCCCUGCCACUCAUCUCUUUUUACUUACUUUUCCGCUCUCUAGUCUUCUUUUUGUUGUUUAAUUUUUUUUCCAGUUCCUAGGGCGGGGGCCCCAAAGGCAAAGUGACAACCUAGUAAACCUCGUGUUUUACAACUGCGUAAAGGAUAAAAAGUCCAUCUAUAUAACGUCUGUUACGAUACUGGGAAAAUGGCAAGAGAAAAAGCCAAGGGCAGUGACGGUGGAUGGAAGAAAUUUAUCUGGAAUUCUGAGAAAAGGGAAUUUUUAGGCAGGACUGGAAGCAGUUGGUUUAAAAUCUUUUUGUUUUAUCUAAUCUUCUAUGGGUGUCUCGCUGGUAUUUUCAUUGGGACAAUCCAAGUAAUGCUGCUAACUGUCCCUGAUAAUGAACCUAAAUAUCAAGACAGAGUGGCUCCACCAGGACUGACUCACGUACCAGUAGCUGUAAAAACUGAAAUUUCAUUUACUCCUUCAGACAUCAAGUCAUAUGCACACUAUAUAAGUAAUUUAAAUGAGUUAUUGGAUAUGUAUAACAUAACUGAUGAGAAGAAAAAGAAUUAUAGAGAUUGUGGAGAAUUCCCUCAACCGUCUGGUGUAGUCGGUGACCGUCCAGAGGCGCCACCUUGCCUUUUUAACCGUGCAUGGCUGCGCAACUGCUCUGGUUUGAAUGACCCAACUUAUGGAUUUGCAGAGGGGAAACCCUGCAUGAUUAUAAGGCUUAAUAGAGUUAUUAAGUUUGUUCCAAAGCCAUAUCAGAACAGCUCAGCUCCAAAAGAAAUACAGGAUGAUAAAUUCAAUGAAAACAUAGUUCCUGUUAAAUGCAUCGCAAGGAGAGAAGAAGAAGCAGAUAAUCUUGGACCAGUUGAAUUUUAUGGAUUAGGUGGAUAUGCUGGAUUUCCUCUUCAGUACUACCCAUAUUAUGGUAAACAGCUGCAUGCAAAUUACCUCCAGCCCCUUCUGGCUGUACAGUUCAUUAAUAUAACGAGAAACAUGGAAAUGCGUAUUGAGUGCAAGGCCUACGCUGAAAAUAUCAGAUACAGUGAGAAGGAUCGCUUUCUGGGACGUUUUGAUGUAAAAAUUGAAAUAAAGAACUCAUGAUAUUAAAGGAAUGUCUUGCCUUUCUACUUCAAAGAAGGAGAAAAAACUGCUAAUCUUGAACAAAAACUGAAAUACUGUACGUACGGGACCUACACUAAAUCUGUACGCUUCUAGCUUUCUGCAUUUAACUAAAUUAGACUGUAAAUUUAAUUGUAGCAAUAGCAGAAAAUAUUUAUUCUUCUGUAAAGGGUUACAAGAACCUUUGAGAUGUCCAUUUUUACUGUAAAUUAUGAUUCCAUCCCUUUGUAGCAAGUAGUGCAUUUGCCCCUUGAGUGUUGCUCUUAUUUUAUAUAUAUAUUUUUUUUUUGAGUGUAAAGUACAAUAGUUGCACACUGGUCCAUUUUUCUAAUCACAUUGUGUGUGUUUUUAACGUAAGGAUUUAGAUUUUUUUCUUUUCAUUUAAGAUGUAAAUACUUUAUGAAGAGUAAAACAGGUGCACCAUACAUGCAGUUUAAGACCCACUAUAAACACUCUAUAGCACUCCUGGGGAGUUUUCUUUUUAUAUUUGGGAAGAGUGAACAAUUUAUUUUGUUCCAUUUAUCUCUCUUCAGUGCAGAAGUAUGAAUUAACUUUAUAUUUUCACGUACUGCUCAACUUUUUUUUUCUGUUCUUCUGUACAUUUCUAAAGUUGUUUGUGAGAUUUGGGUCAGUCUGUCACAUUGUGGCAAUGAUUUUUUUUUUUUUUGCUGUUGUAUGUAUUUUUUUUUUUGAGACAUCAUGAUGUCUUUGUGAAUGUUUUAAACAUUUCAUGGUGGAAGAAUUUUAUAUUUAUGCAGUUGUAAAGUUUUAUGUAUAAAAAGAAACCAAAGUCACUUGUCUGAACAUGUUGUCUAAAUCUUUAUUUGAAGUUAAUAAAACAGUGCAGUAACCUACUACACAUAGUCCACUGGUAUUGGACCAUGAAAAUGUCAACUUGUGUUAUGUCAGGAAUAUAGAUCUCUUGUCAUCUGUACAUUUAUCCAGGUAAAACAAAAUAAAGGCGUUAACAUUCA